CAGUGAAGCGCUAACGUUUUCCCGCUCUUUUGUUACCACAGAUAAAGUAUUUGAUCAAAAAUGUAAAGUGUGCAGUCUCAUAGUGUAUUUUAACAAUUAUUUUCAAGGCAUGAUAUGCAUGAUUCCUGGUCUUCAUGUAGUCACGAACAAUGAAGCCGUUUAUCAAGCAGGCGUUUGUGGUAUCCGGAGCAGCAUUGAACAUUAUGGGUCAUGGCUGUGCUCAUGGGUUCCCCGCAGUGCUCUUCGCCCAGCUCAAGACCGAUGGUGGCCCCGUCACGCUUACUGACCACGAUACGUCAUGGAUAGCUUCGGUAGUAGGAGUGAUGGGAAUCGUCGGUAACUUUAUUUCACCAAUAUUAAUGACAAGAUUUGGCCGGCAGAAAUCUCAUUUUAUAUCAACAAUACCAGCCCUUCUUGGCUGGAUUAUUUUCAUAGUUGGAAACACCGUGCCGAUGUUCUUAUUCGCCAGAUUACUUCACGGUCUUGCCCUAGGACUGAGAACGCCUUUAGCAGCGAUUCUUGUCGCCGAAUAUACUGAACCAAAAUACAGAGGAGCUUUUCUUGGUACAUUUGCAAUAUCAUUAGGUAUGGGGAUCUUGCUUUCACACCUAUGGGGAGCUCAAUUGACUUGGAAGAUGACAGCGGUCGUAUGUUCAAUGUUUCCAAUCAUAUCCAUGAUUAUUAUCAGCCUAUCACCGGAGUCUCCAUCUUGGCUAGUAUCAAAAGGAAGAUUUGAAGAAGCGAAGAAAGCAUUUAGGUGGGUACGUGGUGAAGGUGUGACACAGAAUGAAGAGCUCAAUAAAAUGAUUCAAGCCCAAGAAAGGGAGAUCCAAAUCAAACAAAUGAAGACUGAAUCAGAUAGUGUGCAGAAAUCCACCUGGAAAGGCUAUGUUAGAACUGUGAUAAAAACACUCAAAUCUGUGCUCAAUAUAUUUAAGAAGAGAGAGUUUUAUAAGCCAUCAAUUGUAGCUAUAUGUAUGCUCAUUGUCUUUGAAUUCGGUGGCGCUCAUAUGAUUCCAGCUUAUGGCAAUCUUAUUCUUCAAGCAGUAUUAAAUAAGGAUAGUCUUAACGAUGUGGCCUGGCAGUUUACUGUGAUAGACUUUUUAAGAACAAUUUGUGCAUUCCUAGCUAUAUUUUUACUAAAAAGUUUCAAACGUAGAACUAUAUUAUUUACCAGUGGUUUUAUGACUGUACUGUCUUUAACAGCAGUUUCUGUGUUUAUGUAUUUAAGGAACGCAAGUAUUAUAACAGAAGGCUGGUUAUUGGAUACUUUACCAAUGCUUUUAAUGAUAUUGUAUACUUUAUCUUUUUGCUUAGGUUUAGUUCCUCUAAAUUGGGUUAUUUGUGGUGAAGUGUUUCCAUUGGCAUAUAGAAGUUUGGGUUCAACAUUAUCUACUUCAUUUCUGACUCCAUCAUUUGUUAUAUCAAUGAAGACAGCGCCCCAUCUAUAUUCUUUGAUUGGUGUACAAGGAGCAUUCCUUGUCUAUUCAGCAACUUUGACUGUAUGCCUAUUAGUGAUGUACGCAAUGUUACCCGAGACUAAAGAUAGAACGUUGCAAGAUAUUGAAAAUAGUUUCAAAGGUGUUAAGAAUGUUGAUCCAGAAGUAGAGCUUAGUUUGAUUGAUAAGAAUAUGAAUAAGACAUGAUUUAUAUACAUUUUUAUGAUAUCAGUGGCAAACGAACGUACCUACUGUCUGAUGGAAAGUGAUCACCGCCGCCCUUACUUCCAUAGGAAUCACAGUUAAAAUUUAAAUAAAAGGCAUACAAAAACACAUUUAAAACAUACCUCAGCCUGCAUUGGUAUAUUUUAAAUAAAAUGAUUUAACACACAUUGGCAGUUUCUAUUGUAAGGGACAUUCUACUACAGAGUACCAGAUAAUAGAAUAUAAAUAAUUAACCGGUCACUCCGAGUCAAAGUUUUUAGGUUUUUUGCCGAAUUCAUUAAAUUAUAGACCCAGGUUUAGAAUAGUUACUAUAACGAUUUAUAAUUAGCUAUUUUUUGAGACUCAACAAAUUUUACUGUACAAAAUGUAGGUACCUACUAGUAGAUCGUAGAACUCUACUAAAUGACAAAAAAUCUAAUUUAUAAAAUAUUGUGAUAAAUAAACAUUUAUAAUGUAGUGUUUAAGUAUAGUAUUGUAUUUCACUAUUAAAUAAUAAGAAUAUUUUUAUAUUA